UGAAGCCGAGUCACGCCUUAUCUUACGCGUAAUAUUCACCAGGCUACAUUACUGCCUUGGUCAAAGUUAUAAGGGGGGAACUUUGUGAGAGGCAUCAUUUUCUCUUUCCGCUACCUGUUUGCAGAAGCCAGCAGUGUCACAAUCCAUACAGCGACAACUGCGAUGAAGUUCCCUGCAAAACAAACUUUCUUCUUUCUAUCGUUUGUGUUGUUUCUCCAUGUUGCUGCAGACCAACAUGGACCUGAAGUCCACACAAAGCUCGGGAGCCUGAGAGGUCAAUAUGUGAGUGUGAAGGGGAAGGAGAGCGGGGUCCAUGCCUACCUGGGUGUCCCAUUUGCCAAGCCACCUGUAGGCCCUGCUCUGAGACUGGCUCCACCCCAGCCUGUAGAGGGAUGGGAAGGAGUGAGAGACGCCACCCAGCAGCCACCCAUGUGUGUUCAACACAAACAGUUUACUAUAGAUCUGCUUGAAAAACUCGGUGGCUUGUUGGUAGAUAUCCCAGACAUUUCAGAGGACUGCCUUUACCUCAAUAUUUACACUCCUGCAAACAGAGCGCACAAUGCCAAGCUCCCAGUCAUGGUUUGGAUCCAUGGUGGAGGGUUUUCUAUGGGGUCAGCUUCAGUGUAUGAUGGAUCAGCCCUGGCUGCUUACCAAGAUGUGGUUGUGGUUCUGAUCCAGUACCGCUUGGGUCUUCUGGGCUUUCUCAGCACUGGAGAUGAGCACAUUUCAGGAAAUUUUGGCAUGUUGGACCAGGUAGAAGCUCUGAGGUGGAUCCAGAAGCACAUCCAUGACUUUGGAGGAGACCCAGAUUUGGUUACCAUAUUUGGGGAGUCUGCUGGCGGAGUCAGCGUAUCCCUCCAUCUUCUCUCACCAAUGUCUAAAGGCCUGUUCCACCAUGCCAUUGCUGAGAGUGGUACUGCUUCAAUGAGUUUACUUCUCACCAAUGAUCCUCUACCAGUGACGCAGAUGAUAGCAAAUGCAUCUGGCUGUAGCCUUGAAAGCACACAGAAGAUUGCUGACUGCAUGAGAAGCCUUGAUAUUGACACGGUUGUGACUUUUGGACAGGAUCCAACUAUUAGAAUUGCUAUAAAUGUUGAUGGACACUUCAUCACAAAACCUGUGGAUGAGCUGUACCGUACUCAUGAUCUUCUCACUGCACCAUUCAUGACUGGUGUUAAUAAUGAUGAAGGGGGCUGGUUACUUCCUGGUUUCUUUUUCUCUUCAAACUGGACAGAGGGAUUAGAUCGGGAGCAGGUCCUCAACGCGAUGAUCAUGUUCCACCCUGAUCCCAAUGGUGCGAUCAUCAGUGAACUUAUGGUAGAUGAAUACAUUGGAACUGGUGAGGAUCAUGUGAAAAACAGAGAUGGGUUCACUGAGUUGCUGGGAGAUAUACUCUUCAACAUUCCAGCCAUUAAGACUGCUAAUGCCCACAGAGAUGCAGGUGCCCCUGUCUACCUGUAUGAGUACCAGUAUGCUCCCAAAAUCCUGCAGAAAAAGAGGCCUAGCUUUGUUGGGUGUGACCAUGGAGAUGAACUCUUAACAGUAUUAGGAUUCUGCUUCACAACUACCCAUGUCAGAAUACCUGAGGCAUGCUCUGAAGAGGAGGAAGAGUUGAAUAGAAUCUUGAUGAGCUACUGGGGCAACUUUGCACACACAGGGUCUCCUAAUGGGGCUGGUCUUGUCCACUGGCCAAAGUAUGGAGCAGAAGAGCACUACCUGUCAAUUGAUGCAAAGGAGCAGGUAGUUGCUCAGCACCUGAAGAAGGACCGGUUCGUCUUCCUGACUCAGACUCUCCCUGAGAAGGUCCGACAACACAAAGAGAAGAUGGAGGGUGGACCUGAAGUCCACACAAAGCUCGGGAGCCUGAGAGGUCAAUAUGUGAGUGUGAAGGGGAAGGAGAGCGGGGUCCAUGCCUACCUGGGUGUCCCAUUUGCCAAGCCACCUGUAGGCCCUGCUCUGAGACUGGCUCCACCCCAGCCUGUAGAGGGAUGGGAAGGAGUGAGAGACGCCACCCAGCAGCCACCCAUGUGUGUUCAACACAAACAGUUUACUAUAGAUCUGCUUGAAAAACUCGGUGGCUUGUUGGUAGAUAUCCCAGACAUUUCAGAGGACUGCCUUUACCUCAAUAUUUACACUCCUGCAAACAGAGCGCACAAUGCCAAGCUCCCAGUCAUGGUUUGGAUCCAUGGUGGAGGGUUUUCUAUGGGGUCAGCUUCAGUGUAUGAUGGAUCAGCCCUGGCUGCUUACCAAGAUGUGGUUGUGGUUCUGAUCCAGUACCGCUUGGGUCUUCUGGGCUUUCUCAGCACUGGAGAUGAGCACAUUUCAGGAAAUUUUGGCAUGUUGGACCAGGUAGAAGCUCUGAGGUGGAUCCAGAAGCACAUCCAUGACUUUGGAGGAGACCCAGAUUUGGUUACCAUAUUUGGGGAGUCUGCUGGCGGAGUCAGCGUAUCCCUCCAUCUUCUCUCACCAAUGUCUAAAGGCCUGUUCCACCAUGCCAUUGCUGAGAGUGGUACUGCUUCAAUGAGUUUACUUCUCACCAAUGAUCCUCUACCAGUGACGCAGAUGAUAGCAAAUGCAUCUGGCUGUAGCCUUGAAAGCACACAGAAGAUUGCUGACUGCAUGAGAAGCCUUGAUAUUGACACGGUUGUGACUUUUGGACAGGAUCCAACUAUUAGAAUUGCUAUAAAUGUUGAUGGACACUUCAUCACAAAACCUGUGGAUGAGCUGUACCGUACUCAUGAUCUUCUCACUGCACCAUUCAUGACUGGUGUUAAUAAUGAUGAAGGGGGCUGGUUACUUCCUGGUUUCUUUUUCUCUUCAAACUGGACAGAGGGAUUAGAUCGGGAGCAGGUCCUCAACGCGAUGAUCAUGUUCCACCCUGAUCCCAAUGGUGCGAUCAUCAGUGAACUUAUGGUAGAUGAAUACAUUGGAACUGGUGAGGAUCAUGUGAAAAACAGAGAUGGGUUCACUGAGUUGCUGGGAGAUAUACUCUUCAACAUUCCAGCCAUUAAGACUGCUAAUGCCCACAGAGAUGCAGGUGCCCCUGUCUACCUGUAUGAGUACCAGUAUGCUCCCAAAAUCCUGCAGAAAAAGAGGCCUAGCUUUGUUGGGUGUGACCAUGGAGAUGAACUCUUAACAGUAUUAGGAUUCUGCUUCACAACUACCCAUGUCAGAAUACCUGAGGCAUGCUCUGAAGAGGAGGAAGAGUUUAGCAGAAUCGUGAUGAGCUACUGGGGCAACUUUGCACACACAGGGUCUCCUAAUGGGGCUGGCCUUGUCCACUGGCCAAAGUAUGGAGCAGAAGAGCACUACCUGUCAAUUGAUGCAAAGGAGCAGGUAGUUGCUCAGCACCUGAAGAAGGACCGAUUGAUCUUCCUGACUCAGACUCUCCCUGAGAAGGUCCGACAACACAAAGAGAAGAUGGAGCACAGCGAGCUAUAGAAAAGUCCCCUCUAUACUGUUGCUAGGGCAACAGGUUUGGUCCCUGAUUACUUCCUAUCAGCUACCCAAGAAACUAUAAAUCUAUCUUUCGUAGUUUCCUUGGUCAGCUCCUGCAUUAACAAACAUUCCAACAGGAAAUACAAGGGGAACCAUUUUGAAUGUGUAUGUUGUUAAGUUUGAAAUGGCCAAUACAAAGCACCAUGCACUGUAUGAAAUUUGGAAAGGAGAUCCUUUCAAAAAGUAUAUUCAGAAGAUUCCACAAUUGACCUAUGGCUAAGCCACGCCCCCCUCCACUCACCCAGACAAACUAUCAACAUUCAGUGACAGGCACUAUGGCAGGUGUCACAGUACACGGCAUUUUGCAGGAGGCAGUUGAUGAUUUUUGGGGACAUAACUAUCAGAUGUCAUUGAGAAGUAACCAAAAGGGCCUAAACUACGCAUUGGAGGGAUAUAUUCAUCAUUUCAUUGUUGAGAAGCUCGAUGAAAUGCUUACAUUACAAGCCAAAAUUUACAGGUCACAGUGUACGCUUGUGAACCGCAUCUCGUUGCUGUCGCCAUCAAAGACAAGAUAAAGCGCCACUGAAGUUAAGUUUUUUGGCUCAGAAUAUGAGAAAAGGAUAACGGCCUUUUUACCAUCUUUACCAAGAGUGUCUCUCCGUUAGUUUGGUGCUACAGUAUUUACACUGAAUCAUUCAGCAUAACGUUUGCCAACCUU